UUCCCUGUCGAUCGCCGAGCGGUAGUUUCGGCAGCGCUCCCUGAUCCGCAGCUUUGCAGGAGGAGCCGCCAGCCAGGGCCGCGUGGGAACCAUGUUUCGCAACCAGUAUGACAAUGAUGUCACUGUUUGGAGCCCUCAGGGCAGGAUUCAUCCAAUUGAAUUUGCCAUGGAAGCUGUCAAACAAGGUUCAGCCACAGUUGGUCUGAAAUCAAAAACCCAUGCAGUACUGGUUGCAUUGAAGAGAGCACAGUCAGAGCUUGCAGCUCAUCAGAAAAAAAUUCUCCAUGUCGACAACCAUAUUGGUAUUUCAAUUGCAGGACUUACUGCUGAUGCUAGACUGCUAUGCAAUUUUAUGCGCCAGGAGUGUUUGGAUUCCAGAUUUGUAUUUGACAGACCUCUUCCUGUGUCUCGUCUUGUAUCUCUAAUUGGAAGCAAGACCCAGAUACCAACACAAAGAUAUGGCCGAAGACCAUAUGGUGUUGGACUGCUUAUUGCUGGUUAUGAUGAUAUGGGCCCUCAUAUUUUCCAAACCUGUCCGUCAGCUAACUAUUUUGACUGCAGAGCUAUGUCCAUUGGAGCCCGUUCUCAAUCAGCUCGUACUUACUUGGAGAGACAUAUGUCUGAGUUUAUGGAGUGCAAUUUGAAUGAACUGGUUAAGCAUGGUCUGCGUGCUUUAAGAGAGACACUUCCUGCAGAACAAGAUCUAACUACAAAGAACGUUUCCAUUGGAAUUGUUGGUAAAGACUUGGAGUUUACGAUUUAUGAUGAUGAUGAUGUGUCUCCAUUCCUGGAAGGCCUUGAAGAAAGGCCACAGAGAAAGGCACAGCCUGCUCAACCUGCUGAUGAACCUGCAGAAAAGGCUGAUGAACCAAUGGAGCAUUAAGUGAUAAUCCCCCAGUCCAUAUGUGUAUUAGCAAAUGCGUAAGAAUGCAGGAACAUGUACUGAUGACAAUAUUCUAUACUUGGAACCAAAUGGUGCAGUGGUGGAAUGGUAUGUUUUAGGAAUCAGUCCAGAUGUGAGGUUUCGAAUUGCAAGCAGCUUCACUGAAACCAUAUAAUGGGAUGCAUUUUUUUUUUUUUUUGGAGAGGGUCUAUAUAAUCAUUUUCUAGAAAGUACAGUUGCCUUUACUAAUGUUUUUAUAUGAAGAACUCAGUGUCUUUCUGGUUUUAAAUACUACUGUGAAAUAAAAUUGUUUCAUUGGCUGGUAAAAAAAAAUAAAAUAAAAUAAAA